AUGACCAUAGCAAAAUAUUUUUCUUCUUAUAACGAUUAUAGUAAUUUAGUUAUAGUUUGUAAGAAGUUUUCCAACCUCCCACAGAUGUUUCAUUUCAACCCAAUUCCUCUGACUUCUUCAACUCAAAAACUUUUCAAAAAUAUUGAAACUCAAAUUUUGUACCAAACAUUCGAUCCCAUUUUCGACGAUCUUUUUCACUAUCACUUUUCUUACCAAAUUAAUUUCCAAGACGCUUUAGACUUUCUCAAAAAACACAACGCAACAUUUUCCAGAGUUUUUGUCCAAAGCUCCAAAAUUCUUCAAUUCCUUAAAGACUCAAAAAAACAAUUGACAAAAACGUCCGUUAUAAAAAUUCAAGACUCAAAGUUAAUUGGUUUGUCAAAUGAUGAACAUGAAAAAGAGGACGUGGUAAUAAAAACUCAUGUUAUUGACCCUUCUGAUUUCUUUAUAGUGUUACAAAACGGGUGUUUUUCAGGGAAAUAUUCACCGAGUAAAAUAAAGAAAGUGACUGCGAUUGAUUAUAAAGUGAUAGAAAUAAAUUCGACAGUUUUUAAUUCGUUGAAUUCGUUGAGUUCCAUCAAAACUUGUUAUUUAACAUCAAUGAAAGAUUACUGUUUUUGUCGUCUUCCAUCUCUAAAAGAAUUGGAUUUGUCAAAUGUUGUCAAAAUGGGAGAAAAUUGCGUCUGUCAUUGUGAUAAUUUGACAACACUGACUUUAAUGAAAGAAAGUGAAUGCCAAUUUGGGAAUAAUUGUUUUAUGUGGUUAGACCGCCUACAAAAAGUCGUCAAAAACAAAACAGAAAAAAUAAACGGAAAAAUGUCCGUUAUAAAUGCGCGUCCAUUUUUAGAAGCAAAAGUUACAAUUGGUGAAGUGUUUGUGGAAAACAGGGACUUUCUUGAAAAUGAAAUAAUUCCGGAAAUAGCAACGGAGAUCAAAAAUGGAUUUUUAGCAAAUUGCAAGACCAAAACGCUUGUUAUUCCGAAUACAAUAAAAAAGAUCGAAGUAGGCGCGUUUGAUUGCAAUUUAGUCGAAUUAGAUCUUAGUCAUUUCAAAAAUUUUGACUAUAAUUUCUUUACUAAAAACACGACAAUAACCAAAUUAAGAUUAUAUGAUUUACACGUAAUAGAAGUGCUUGACAUUUUUAAAUUAAAGGCGUUAAAAGUCCUUGACGUAGUAAACUUAGACAAAUCUUCAAAAAAUUGUGAGAUUUCAUGUUCCAUUUUUGAGAUCUUACUCAAACAACCUUUAAAUCACGGGAAAAUUGUGUUUAAUCCAUUCGACCGGAAGAAGCACGAAAAUGACAUCCCACCAUUUGUUGAAAAGAUUAACACAGACUCUUUCACUAAGAACUCGCUCUUUUCAAAGCUCAUCAUUCCACCAUCGGUGACGUCCAUUGAAAAAAAUUCAUUCGAGCGCCUCGACUUUCUUACUUCUCUCGAAUUUGCGAAUACUCCACUUUUCAUCGACAAAGACAAUUUCAUGUCACUUCCGUUGCUCCAAAGUGUGGAUCUCAAAAAUGUGAUUUUUCUGGGCGAAAAGUGUUUUUCGUCGUGUAACUCUUUGACCUCCGUCACGCUGUGUCGGGACCUUCCGCAUAUUCCUACGAGUUUUUCACACCUCCCAAGUCUCCGGAAAAUAUUUGUGGACGCGAAAGAGUACGUUGGGGAUGUCAGUUAUUCUGUUGCGAGAACGAUUGGUGAGACGUGUGGGUGUCAUUGUUGUAAUGUGUUUCUUCUUUCUGAAGAGUCGAAAAAAAUGUGUGACAUACCGAAGGGAAUUAUUGAGUUGCGAGAGUCGUGUUUUAUGAGGAGAGAAGAUAUCAAACGGAUUGAAUUUCCAGAAAGUGUGCGAAUUGUCCGACAAAGAUGUUUUGUGGGAUGUCUGAAUUUGGAGGAGGUCGGACUUGACGAAAAAUUGGAGGAAGUCGCUCAAGACGCUUUUUUGGGGUGUUUAAAUAUUAAAACGAUAAGAGGAAACCCUCAAAUUGCGGAAGUUAUAAAAUACAAAAAUUUGUGA